GGCUCCUGGUUACUAUGGCAACGUUGUUGGGUAAACGGAUGUAUAAGACAUGGCUGCUACAAGAGAAAAAGUAAAACCGAAUAACAAAUCCCAAGCGUCAGAUUUAGACACUACUGGAAUUAAUACAAAAGAGCGUGAAAAUGGUGACAGUGAAAAAGAACAUCCUAUCGUCACUGAAUGGAAACAUUUAACCCUCGAACAAAUUAACCUGCUGUUAGACCUAACAGUGGAAGAAGUGCAAUUACAGCUGGAAGAUACACUCAACUUCAAACACCGCCAGACAUGUUUGAAGGAAGCUGCCCUGUUAGAUUACUUUGUCUCUGGGUUCUGGUGGGCCAAGGAAAUGCAUUUUACAUGUCAGCAAGUUUCAGGCUUCAUGGCUUUGCUGCAACUGUUGCUGGAUAAUAUCAGAGAAAAACAGAUGCCACUAGUUGAUAAUUUCGCUGAAUUUUCUAAGGCAAUUGCUGGAACCAGGCAGCCUUUGUCACCACCAGACUCAAGUCCUUUGUUUGAUGUGGAUCAAGCCAUUUCCAUUACUGACUACUUCAAAUCCAGUCUCUUUCAGCACUAUGAACUAUAUGAGUUUCUCUUCACCCAGCCCAGAGAGGAACGACUGUUUUCCACUCAAGAGCACAUUGAGGUGGUCAACCCAACAGACUUCAUUCCACCCUUAGAGGAGGGCAUGCCGGUUGAUGUCUUUUUCCGUUAUAUGACCCAGACCCCUGUGGAAGAGGCCAAAGAGGUGCUUAAAGGACCUCCAGAGAUCGCUGAAGAGGAACAGCAGGAAGCCGAAUCGGCGGAAAAGGGCCCGUCUGAUGGGGGCGCCGUAGACGCCUCUCAGGAGGUUCUGGGUCAGGUGACUGAAGACCCAGUCGAAAAUCCGCAGGAGGACGUCAGUGAGAAGCUACAGGUCCAGAAGGAGUCUUCCUCAGCCAGAAAAGGCAGACCUAAGAAAACUUCUUCCAAGUAACAUUUAGGAAAUGGGGCUAAUGAAUGUCCGUAAACUUCCCUGUUGCGCUUGUAUUCGAUUUCUGUUUUAAAUGUCAUUUUGUUUGUCGCCUUUAAAACAUUUUCUUAUCACGAAACUGUAAAAUAUAAAUAAUAUUGUUGACAGAUUUUUAAAAGAAUUAUGUGGGAUUCAGUCACUCUGGCAUAGCAGCUUGUCUCUGGUAUUUAAGCCAUACACUGAAUCAUUUGCCAUUAUGCAAUAACAUAACACCUAAAACAAACCUGUUUUGCCUUUUGAAGGCCAGAAGGACAAAUGCGAACAAUAGGCUCAUAAAAGCAUUAUCUCUGUAGUUCUGUAAUGGCGUAGUUCCUUAGACCUCUCAUUUUAUUACGCCGGCUUGAUUGCUUGUAAAUACUUCUUGAGACACUUAUGGUUUGAUAUAGUAUUUUAAAGAAAGAACAAUGUUAAUUAUUUGAUUAAGUACUACUAAGGGAUCUCAAAUCUUCUACAUUCAUUAAGUUAUAAACGGGUUAAAUGCUACAGCAAAGCAAGCUUCUCAUCGUCGUUUAGCAAGCAAAGCCCAUAUCCAAAUUAAUGCUUGUAUAAUGUUUACAGUAAAUGUUUCUCUUAAGCCAUUAACUAUCUUUAAAUACUCCAGCGCUGUGGCAACCCGGCGUGGUUCACCAGCUAAGGAGCUGAUUGGCUAUGCAAAGUGCUGUAUUAUCAAAGCUGAAUGGUUAUUUUAGCUGGGUUAUUUGAACAUUCCCACUUAAAGGGACUGCAAGCACAGCAAAUGCACUCAGGGGGAGAUAAGAAAGGAGGCUGAUAAAAUGUUGCUGUCGUCUGUUUUGUCUUUUGUCUUGUAGUUCAGUUGUGGGAAUGGUAUGGAAGAAAAAUAGUUUAAGACAAACCUGGGCUCCCAAGGGGAAAAAAAAAAGAAUAUUUCAGCCCGGUUUUGUUCAUUUAGUGUGACAAGUUCAUUUGUCACAACUCUUAUCCAUCGCAAAGCUUUUAAUUACAUUCAAGCAAGAAUAGCCACACAUAAUGAUGAAUUUCUCCUCAGUGCUUUAACUUUGUGUCCUCUGUUGCAUUUUAUAGCUGUUUAUGCUGCAUUCAUUUCAGAAUUUUGUAAUAAAAAAAUAAAAAAGAGCUCAGCCUGAGGAGGUAAGUUGAGAACCUUUGUCCAAAUUCCUUGAGAACAUGUAGGCACAACUUUUUUUUUUUAACCCCCCCCCCCCCCCCCCCACCUAAUUUGAUUGAUAGUUUUGUGUCUGAGCCAACUGCAAGCUGAUCUGGUUUGGUGUUUAGCUGAAGAGGAGCUCAGGUAGGGAAGACCCUCUCAUGUGUCACACGGUGCCCUCUGCUGGUGAAGUUGGGGCAUUUGAAUAGUAUCAUGGCUUUCCAAAUGGGUGGACACAGCCAGCAACACGUGAUUUGAUGAAGGAUUUUAGGAGCCCAUUCAUAGACGUGCAAGGUGUUAUGUGUGGCUUUACUUUCCAAUUACAAAUGUAAGGCAUUACAAUUACAGGAGAUUCCGAAGUAAUUUUCAUGUUUCAUUGACUCGCUUUCCAUGCACUUGGGCCCAGCUUAAUUGAUAUUCCAGGGUAACUUUGAGAUAUACAUUUACAUAGAUGUUACUAGAUAUCAGGAUCUUUCAAUGGGGAGUUUAGAUUGAGCCCUCAGUUAAUCACCUUUUGUUUAGUCCUGAAUCAGAGCUAAGCUUGUUAAAUUCAAACAUAUUUUGAAAGCUAGAAGGUUUAUUUUUUGACACUGAUGUAUUAUUGUCCUGUGACAUUAUUUGUUAACACCCCCCCCCC